AUGGCCAGAAGAAAGGAGGCUACAAAGGCUGAAAAGUCUGCUUCUGCCAGGACCACAGCAUCUGUUUUCCAAAAUUACGAUGCCAAUGCCGAGGAGACCUCUGCUAAGCAGGUGGAGGAACCUCAACCCCAAAGAAUGGUGGAAAGCGACGACCCAUCCCAGUACAACUUCCCAUGGAAUGUGAUCUAUGAGUUUCAGGAUUUCCUUAAUAUUUACAUGGAUUUCUGUAAAGCUGCCCAGAUCAUGACGGUGCUUUACAUUGGACAGAUCUUCUAUGUGUACUUGACCAACAUCAAGGACAAUAAGACAAUUACAUCUGUUGCAUUUAAUCUUGUUGGUGCUGUUUUGGCCAUGUGGCUUAACCAUCGUUCGAUGUUGAAAAAGCAUAAAGAUGAGCCUGACCGGUUCAGGGCUCCAACGUUGCCUGAUUUCAACACCUUGUAUGCGUUUGUCAUUCCUAUUUUGCUGUAUGUGCUUUUGGGCGACACAAACGCUCCAUUUUUCCAGGUGAACUUGGCUUUGAACAACUUUGCAAUCAGAGAGCUUCAUAUCGUUGCCAAGGUGCUUUCCUCGUUCGUGUUUUACUAUAUUUAUAACGAUUCACUGACGUUGGAGGUGACCUAUUUCCUUCGUGUGGUGCUUUCCUACUUUUCCUUUGAGUAUAUCUUGGACGGAUGGAAUGAAUUGGGUGAAGAUGAAGAGACCAGUGUCAAGUUGGCUACCAUGUUGCCAUCUGAGAUCCAUAUGAUCAGUGUACUUCUCGUUAACUUGUUGUACAACUUUGACACAGAGACUCAACCAUUCCCGUUGGUGCUUUUCCGUGAGCUCCUUAUAUCUCUCAUCGUUGCCUCGUUCGCUGCUUACCAGCUCUACUGGGUGUACUUGAGAAUGGCACAGAACUUUUUGAGGAAGACAGUGGCCGUCCUUAUUGCUGUUGUCUUUGCCGGUGUGUUCUACUUUGCUAUGAACUAUUUAUUCACAAAGGAAUUGAGCGAGAAGGAUCCUGUGUUGUGGUUGAUUGAUUACGUGUUGGAGUCUGAGUCUCGCUUGCACUUGAUCAUUUACUGGCUUACCUGUCUUUUAGGUGGUAUCCCAGUUGUCUUUUGGUUAGCAUACAACAACAAGAUCAAUCUCAACCUCCGCAGAAAGGUCUGGCACUUUAUGUUGGUGAUUUGCCUUGCAUACCCUGCUUUUGUUCACCAACCUGAAUUUACCGCUAUUGCAUUGUUGGGCUCUCUUGUCGUUUUCAUUGUGAUUGAAAUGAUUAGAAGUACCAGAAUUACCUUCCUUGGUGAGUUCUUGUACACCGAGUUGAGGUUCUUCCAAGAUGAUAAAGAUCUCAAAGGACCUCUCAACUUGUCUUACAUUUUCCUACUUGCAGGUGUUGCGGCACCAUUGGCAUACGGUUACGCUCUUGGAGAUGUUGUCAAUUUGAGAUCAUACAUGGGAUUGGUGACACUCGGUUUGGGUGAUUCAUUAGCAUCUAUCGUUGGCAAGCGUUUUGGCAGAAUCAAAUGGAAAGGUGCAGAAAGAACCUUAGAAGGCACUAUCACGUUUAUGGUUGUCACAUUUGCGUCAUUUGUGGUGAUUGACUUUUACCUCUUGCCAGAAGAGAACAGAGUGAAGAACUGGGAAAACACCUUCAUCAUUGCCAUGGUUGCUGGUAUCUUGGAAGGAUCAGCUACGCUCAAUGACAACAUUUUGAUUCCAUGCGUUGUCACGUUGACAUAUGACUUGCUCAACCGCACGUUCUAG